AUGACUUUAAGAAGCGCAGUGGAACUGACACGAUUCGUAGUCGUGUUGUUAAGGUACGUGCAAUUGUGUAUUUUUUUUUUAAAAUUAAAACAGCCGUACAAAAUUAAUUCCCUAAAUUGUUCGAUUAGUCGUUAAUUUCACGGGGAAUGUAAAGAAUGUAUAAAAAUAGUAUUAUAUUAUUUUUGAUAUUUUUAGUGUUUUAGAAAUUCGUAUACUCUUAAAAAUAAAUCGUACAUUUAUUUACAGAGCAUUUAUUCGGAUCUUAGAACCAGAGGCAGCUAUUUUUAUUACGUCCAAAGUAGCGACUGCUGCCCUCCCUGACACUUUAGAUCCAAAUGCUACUGUCGAUCCGAGACCGACCGGCAGUAAUACGCAACGCAUUCUGCCGCCGGCCAAAACACGACCCGUUAGCAAUUCGUCAAGUGAGUAAAGCUAUAAUUAUUUUAUAAAAUUUAAUUUUCAAUAUCGGAAUCAUGUACAUUAUAAAGUUAAUUAUAAAUUUCCGAAGUAGCGUCGGUCAUUUUGACUGAAACAACGUGUCCGACUCCUCCUACGCAACGCAUUCUACCGCCGACCAAAACACGACCCGUUACCAAUUCGUCAAGUGAGUAUAGCUAUAAUUAUUUUAUAAAACUAAAUUUUCAAUAUCGGAAUCAUGUACAUUAUAAAGUUAAUUAUAAAUUUCCGAAGUAGCGUCUGUUACUUUGAGUAAAACAUCGUAUCCCAAUGCUACAGUCGGUCCGAGCUCGACCGGCAGUAAUACGCAACGCGUUCUACCGUCGGCCAAUACAAAAUCUCCCAUUCGCACUGGUCCGCCAAGUGAGUACAGCAAUUAUUAUAAAACUAAAUCGUGUAUAAUAUAAAGUUAAUUAUUUUUUUACACCGACUUCGAACCGAUUAAAAUACUAUCUACAUCUCUGUUUUUUUUUUUUUUAUUGAGUAGGUAAGACUUUAACUAUUAAUGUUUUUAGCCUCUAUUAUUUACACAAUAUUGUUCUUAAGACUGUGGAGAUACAUUAUUAUUGUGAUUUUCAGCGGGGGAAGUAAGUGAGACAUGUUUUUUUUUAAGUAGUUUUGCUAAGCCUAUGUUAAUGAAAAAAUUGUGUAUAAUUUUGGAGUUUUCUUCGCCAUAAAAAUAAUGACAAUCCAAAAUUUUUUCCCGACACAAACAGUAUAUAUAUAUAUAUGCCUAUAAUAGUAUAAGGACUUUAAAGUUAAAAUAAUAUUCGCUCAAAAUAUCCGCAGAAAUAAAAGAAAUACCCUUUGUAUACCUUAUACUUUAUUUUUAUUAGUUGUCAAUGUGUCGAGUUGUCAAAAAACCAACACAGCUGCAACGGUCGGAUCUGUGAAACGUUGCAAAGAAAGAAUAAACUUUAUUUUUAACAUGAUGAAUGAACAUAAUCUACAAACAAAGGUUAAUAUUAUUAUAUUGUAAUUUACUUACACGAAUUAAAACUAGUACAAAUAAUUUUAGUCAAAUACGCUGUAGCCGGUAUAAUACUAUACGUUAAUAAUUUGUUUAUUUUAUUUUAUAUCAUAUAUAUAGUGUAAUGAAGUAAAAAGUAUAAUCGCCGAAACUGAAGAAAAAUGUAUACCGUGGUUAGCACGGUAUAUUGUAACAAAUCGUAUCAAUAUCGAAUUAAAUCACCAUACGGUGUAUUUAAAUUUUUUGAAUUCGUUAAACAGCGAAAAACUUUCAGAAUUAAUAACGGUGGAAACAGAAGCAUACAUUAAAGUGAGUAGGAAUAUAUUUUUAAUAUGAUGAUUAGGGAACAGAUUUAUAUCAAAUUAAAAUCCGCAAAAAAACCAUUAAAAAAAUAUUUUAAAAAAGCAAAAGUGGUAGAGUGAUUUUAAAAGUUCUAUACUUUAACGAUUCUAACCCAUUUAAUAAAAUUGUCUUACAGUGACAAAUUAUUAAGAUGAAGUAUUUUUUUUUUUAUAACACUUAAAAAUUUAUUUUAAAAAAAUCAUUUUAUCCCAAUCAUUUUUGUAGUGUUAAAAAACAAUUGUUGUUAAGUGAAAGCAAUUAGAUAGGUGAUAUUUAAAAUCUGUUUACCAUUAUCUCUCUUUCAAACAGUUUAUAAGCUGUUAUUUAGAGCUUUUUUUGAUAUUUUUAAUCGCUUUUUUGUAAAUUUUAAGUGUGUAUGAAUCCGUUUCUUAAUGAUGAUGAAUACGAUAUAUUUUAAAAUAAUAUCUCGCGUAUCUUGUUAGUCAUUAUUGAGUCAGGACGAGUUGAGUCCUAUCUGUAUAGGUGUUUAAUACUACCAGCCCGUGGACGUUGGAUGUAUUACAUUGUUUGAGUGAUCUUCAUCGUCAACCGAAUUUAAAAUUGAAUUUUCAAUUUGAAAUAGAAAUUUUAUGCAAAAAAUUAAAAAUUGAACUCAAGGUGAAAAUAUCAAUAAUGUAGUAAAUCAUUAUUUUUAAACUCCAAUCUUAUAUUUCUGUUUUUUAGGAUUUAAACCCUGCAACGAAUUAUUUCAAUGAAAAUUCAUAG